AUGUUGGCGGCGAAGGUGGAGCCCAACGUCAUCAGCUACAACGCUGGAGUCAGCGCGUGCAAGCAGGGCAAGCAGUGGCAGCGGGCACUGGCGCUGCUCAGCGAGAUGCGGGAAUCGGAGCUGGAGCCUAACGUCAUCAGCUACAACGCUGGAAUCAGCGCGUGCGAGACAGGCGAGCAGUGGCAGCGGGCUCUGGCGCUGCUGAGCAAGCUGCGGGAGGCGAAGGUGGAGCCCGACGUCAUCUUCAGCUACAAUGCUGGGAUCAGCGCGUGCGAGAAGGGCGAGCAGUGGCAGCGAGCGCUUGCGCUGUUGAACGGGAUGCGGGCAGGAAAGCUGGAGCCCAACUCAGCUACAACGCUGGGAUCAGCGCGUGCGAGAAGGGCAAGCAGUGGCAGCGGGCGCUGGCGCUGUUGA